AUAAGAAUUGUUUUUCAAUCAUGGCGGACGUGCAUGACCAUAUAUAAAUCUGGCAAAUUACAGCUUAAGAUGACAGAAAUGCAAGACUCUUUCGAGAUUUUGGAGUGGGAAAGCACAUCAAAGGAACAGGAUUCUCUCAUUCAUCAUUUGUUCGGGGAUAUAUCCUCAAAGAAUGGCAAAUGUUCUACUUCUCUGGCGAGUAAUGGAUCACUCAAGAAUGGUGUGGGUGCUUCAGAGAGUAAGAAACGAAAAGCCACCGAAAGCAACAAUAAAACGGGACAAUUAAAAAAGAAAAGAAAGAAGAAGAAGAGAGAUAAUAAUAAAUUUAAGACAGAGCAAAGGUUAGGUUCAGAGUGUCCAGGAAACGAAAGAGGUGAUGCCAAUGUCAUGAAAGAGCAAGAUCUCGAGGUUGAUAAAGCGACUUCAAAUUAUACGGGACCCGUGGAAAAGGCUCUAGAACAAGAACGCAUUAAGAAAUUAAAUCGCCGCAAGAGCAGGAAAGAAAAGAAGGACAUAUUGAUGAGUCAAAGUGACGAGGAAGAUAGCAAUGAGCACAAGAAGAAGGAUCAAAUAAAGGGUGUUAGUGACAAUCGAUGUCAUAAAAGUACUGAUCCCACUUGUCAGGCUUGUACAGAUAAUGAAGGGAUCGCUUCAGAUCUUGAAACCACAGCAGGGGUAAAUCAGUCUGGAAUUAAUAAAGCCAAGACAAAGAGGCGAAGAGAGAAAAAUAAAGGGGAUGAUAAUGGUCAUGUAGACAAUUCUACAAUUAUAACGAAUUCAGAGCAAACUGCUCCAGAGGCAAAUCAAAAACAAAGAAGAAAGAAGAAAAAACAAGACAGGGAACAAGACCUCCAUAGCCCCUAUGAAGAAUCAGUAGCAGGAAAGAACUUUGAAAACCCCCAGGUCACAAGUGAAAACAUUCAUCCUCCCUCUGCUCUUCAAAGUAAGUCAAGUCUUCAUGAAAAGAUGACUAAGCAAUUGGAAUCUUCUCGAUUCAGAUGGAUAAAUGAACAACUCUACACUACAACAGGGAAGGAGGCAGCUGAGAUGUUCUCUGAAGAUCCAAACCUGUUUGAUAUUUAUCACAAAGGUUUCAACAAUCAAGUCAGAUUAUGGCCAGUUAAUCCUGUUGACAAAAUCAUAGAGUGGUUGAAGAAAAGAUCAAUAUCCAAUGUGGUUGCAGAUUUUGGUUGUGGAGAAGCAGCAAUUGCCCAGAGUGUUGCAAACAAAGUACAUUCAUUUGAUCUUGUGGCCAAAAAUAAGUUUGUAACAGCAUGCAAUAUGGCAAAGGUCCCCUUAAGCCCUGCAAGUGUCGAUGUUGCUGUCUUCUGUCUUUCAUUAAUGGGAACCAACCUUGUCGAUUUCUUGACAGAAGCCCACAGAGUCCUUAAACUGGGAGGUAUUCUGAAAGUGGCAGAGGUGACAAGUCGUAUCAAUGACACAGCAGAGUUUGUCAGGUCUCUACUUAGACUAGGAUUUAAACUGGAGAAUGAGGACUCUACCAACAAGAUGUUCAUUCUGUUUGAUUUUGUAAAGGUUCAGAACAGUAAAAUGCCAGUUUCAUCCGGCAAACUGGAGGGCUUAAAACUUAAGCCAUGUAUUUACAAAAAAAGAUGAUACUACAAAUUUGUAACAAAGACAGUUCCUUGUAGAAACAUUGAGGUCUCAAUACCUCAUCUCAAUCAGAUCUCUACCAGAUAAUCUGAAUGAUGAAAACAGGGACUUUCCUAUUUCAAAAAAUACUGUUUUCUGUGAACUAUUUUUUUUAACCAGUGUAAGAAUGAGAAAUAAAAAAAUGGAAUCUGUUUUGAAAACUUCCAGAAUUACCAGUAUUUAAAGCAGUCUCAUCUAUGGAAAACACUCAUGAUUCAAGUUGUUUCCUUGGCAUUGGUUUUUUUAAAAUUAGUUGGAUUUUUCACAGUUCACUACAGAGUAAAUAUUUAACAGUGAUUUCCAAGGAACCUAGUACAUUGUGGCUUAAGGAACUGGGGAAAGUCAUGGAUUCAAAGAUUCCUGUGUCUUAAUUUGUGGUUACUAAUUUUCUCGUGAAGCAAAAUGCAUUUUAAUAAAAGCAGCAUGAGGGUGCCUUUUAAAAGUAA